AUGCUCGUGAACAUGGGUAACCUUCACGUUCACAUCCACAAAAUCCACAAGUCACCCUCAUGUCAGAAACUCAAAGACAACAGAAGAUUCAGCGUAGCCUCGGGACUCAUCCAGCAUGUCGUCGACCUUCCCGCCCCCGCCCACGUUGUCAUAUCACCCGCCAAGUCGACUUUCAGCCGGGGCGGCAACGGCAAAUACCCGGCCAGACCGGCUCUCCCAGCGAUCGCGACCAUGAAAUUCUGGGACAAGAUAUUUGCCCCAGCCAUGCGAGUGCUGGCGCGGAAACCGCGUCCGGGGCCUGUGUUGCCGGGGUACGACAUCCGAUCCAAGAGCAACUGGGCCGAGGUAGAGCAAUGCCUGGAGAACGCAAGACGGCGCUAUGAUGGAGAUCUGAGGAGGCGCCGAGGCAGGUUCAAGGAGCGGUGCCGCCGGAUUGCGGAGCAUGGAGUGGUGGGAGUCCAGGCUAUGCGGUUCAUCAAGGAGGUGGAAUAUGUGUCGGUUGUCAUGGGGGUUGUGGAGGUGCUUGUUGAUGCAGCAACAAGGGCGGCAUCAGUUCGCGAGCGCGCCAGACUAACCCUCAACCCGCGAGAGCUCGAGCAUGAGUUUGCUCAGAUUGAGAUUCUGCUGUCCGUUCAUCCCAAUGACAGAAACAUCCAGCAGGUCGCUAUCGAUCUUGUGGUGGCCAUUUUCGAAGCCAUUGAGGAGGGCAUCAAUUUCUAUAUGAAACAUAGACAUAGGCGAGCCUUUGAAGCCCUGGCUUUGGGGGAUAGAUACCAGCAAAGGCUUCUCGACAAACUUGCCAGCAUCAAGAAAGCCUGCGAUCAGCUCAAGGAGACCGGGCAGCUCUCUCACGUCUUUGUUGCCAUCCAUUCUUUGAGGAGACUGCUUGAUGAGCGCGAAUCUAGAGAAAUGCAACAACAACACCAUGUGCAGCGCAUGCAAGACCAAGAAGCUCGACUCUGUCGUUUAGAGGGCUAUGCUCAAAGAGUGGAAGUUGGCGUCGAAUCUUUGGGCCACAAGCUUGAGUCUGGAGUCAUGCGAGCCAUAUACAACAUCUCAUCAAAUAUCUCUCAUAUGCAUGGCAUAGAGGGACAACGUCAGCUCAGCUUGGAGCAAGAGGUGAAAGGACAGGAUUACCUCAUCCGAGUUCUUUCCAAAAUGGAAAUGUUGGAGGAUGAAUCCGACAACGAUAGCGAGGAAGUGUUUUCGGACUGAACUGGGGGGCAU